CUACUAGAUUGAAAACAAAAAAUAAGCCGUUUCUGAUAUAAUUGGGGUAGAUGAAUGAAUAAGAAAGUGAGAUGGAGGAAGGCACAUCAUCGUCGUCGUCGUCACGUGUGAAAGAGACUGAGAUUGAGAAGGAGAAGAAUCAUACGCAUACGCGCCCUUCUUUGAAAUCCGAUAAUCGAUUCAACAAUUACCAAUUCUGGAAAGAAAAUUUGAGGGAUAAUUGCUUCAAAAGGGUCCGACAGGACAGAACCCGCUUGCUCUGGAAAUUUAGGCUAUCCUCUCCAUCACUCAACCAUCAUCAGGAUCUGUUGGAUACUGCAUUCCGGGAUAUUGUAUCCGAUGAAUUCCACAAAAUAAUCAAAAAUGAUGAUGACGAUCUUUUAUGGGAUGAUCAAGUUCCUCACACCACAUACCAGGGUGAUUGCCAAGAGAUACUGCUUGAAAUGCAAAGGAUCUUUUACGAAGACCUCAAAUUCCAACCACCGAUACAACAAGAAAGUGCUAUUGAUACUUGGGAAGAUGAGGUCGACGACUACUUGGCCCGUGCAGUUUAUGACCAUAUGCAUCUAAAUGCAGAUAAGACAUGCACAGAACAGAUCUGGUGUCCUCUUUGUAAGCAAGGAGAGCUUAAAGAACAUCACAAUCUCAUAUACUGUACUCACUGUAAACUUCAACUAACCAAAGCCAACGAGGCACCAGCACGGGGAAUCCUACUGGACUAUCUUAGUCUAGCUUAUGGGAUGAAGAUUGCCAAGUCUUAUAAUGACUACUUCAGUCAUAUCACUAGUCAAUGCGGGCUCCCAUUACCCCCCUUUACACUAAGGACUGGAUAUUUGGAGCAUGGAAAAAUCUUACUUUGGACUUUUUGCGAGACCGGCUGGCCGAAGUCCAUAUAGAGCAUCUUGACAGAGGCUGCAGGUUGAAACCCAGAUUUUGUAUGAAGACAAAAUUUAAUUUAACUGCAUUGUACAUUACGUGUGAAGGUUGUGAUACAUUUGAGGUUGUGAUUUAACACUUUUGUUAGUGUUUUCCCUUUCUUCGUUGUUGUCCUUCUUAAUUUUUUUCGGUUACUAAUAUACAUUGGAAAGGGAAAGGUGGUUGGAGAAAAUAUAUGGUGAAAGUGUGAAACUGUAACCCUAGAAUACUGAAAGGGCAAUGUGUCGCUUCACACUUAAGAAGAAAAAAAAGCAAAACAACUCACCAUGUCUAAAAUCAAA